AUCUAAUGGACGCAUCGGGCGAUAUGUACACCACGAACAUGCGACAAUUCACUGAAUAAUAAAAUGAUAUAUGUAAUAACAUGACUGUUAGUAUUACGCCCUAGGGAAAGCACCCAUUUGAAAUGAACCUGCGAACGUUCAAAGUUUAUAAAAACAGAACUGAAUGAGAAAAAUACAAAUAUGGAAAUAUUUCACCAGGUUGCGCACAGAACCCCAAGCCCCAAGCCCGAAGCCCCCUUGGCCCACUCAACAUUUUAUGAAUGGAUUCUACGAUAUACGAGGGCCUAGUAAAAGCUUUCGCUGCAAAAACGCCGUGGGUCCAAGCGACGUACAAACGUCACAUCAAAACAAAUAUAAACAGCGAUAUGGAUUUGGAUCGGCGUAUCUGCCGGCGCCAGUGGAAAAGAGAAAGAGAGCGGCCGUCGGUUCGGAUCGCAUGAAUCACUUGCCCAAAAGCGUUCCCUGCUUAGCUAUGAAAUCAGAAGCGCUUCCAGGAAGUCCGCGGAACUCAAACAAAUCAAAAGCAAUUGCAGGCUGAUAUGAAGCCAAUCCAAAAACGUCACCGUAAUAAGCACGUCAAUUUGAUUGUAUUUUGAUUUAAAGCGAAUUACCAUACAUUCGAAAUGUAUUUACAUUAAAAAUGGUUUUUAUCUGGACGUGCACAUAAACGAUGGAUGUAUUCCAAACAUUUUGCCAAAAAUAACAGCACACUUGUAACGUAAUCUGUUGCAUGGAUCAUCAGAUCCUUGGUGAUGCGACCUGUUGCCAAAAAAUAUCAGAGGUACACCCAUAUACUCAACUGUAUCAAUGGGCCACAGACAACUAACGACUCAUGCCCGAUUUCCCAGAAGGAUGACGCGGCAAAAGCGAGAAAAACGAGCCCGAAUGGGAGGGGAAUCGAUGAAUGAAUUUUCGUUGGCCGCCAAACGACCUUACCCCCGAGCGCCACCCCCUCCGGCCCACGCAAGGCCUGGGGAACUCCGUCGGCUUCCCAGCGGUGAUCGGGUCGGGCUCUGGGCCUGGUGUGAGUGCUCUAUGGACGGGUGACUCAUGCGGAGUACGCCGGUUCCACGACGUCAUGCUUAAGGUUGUUAUUUGCCAACGAUAAGCGGGGCACUCGGAGAGCGAAAGCUCCGAGCCGAAAGCCAACUGGUCCCGACCCCGUGCCCCACGAGCCCCCUCGGGUUCAGUUCAGCCAGUCGAUCAUGAGGCAGCCGAAUCUGCGAGAGGCGCGAAAGCUCCCGACUUCGUCACCGCUUUAUCACAGGCCGCCGGUGCUGAUCAUUGGUUCGUCACAAGUCGAUCGGUGCGGACGCUCCGUCGAGCAAAGAUCGCGAUCUAGAGGGAUCCACGGCGUUACUUUUAACCCCACUCGAGAUCGGCGGCCGGUUCGGGUUCCGUAAUCGGUCAAUGCAAUAACGGUUAUUAAAAGUUUCCUACCGCUAACUUUCCGAAAGAUUUCCGCGAUUUGCGGCACGUGGAAAGCCGGCAGCUGACUCCACUUGCUGGGCCAGCAGGUGAAAUACCUUGGCUACGGGUGAAUCAUCCAGCCAAACAUCCUAAAUCCGUUUCGUUUUCCACGAUCAACCGGUUGCAGGCGAUUAAUUCGAACUUAUUGAAGUGAAAUUCCCGGAAUAUUAUGAGUGAAUUGUAUCGAUUUUAUAGUGCAAGCAGUCGCCAAAAAUAAUAAUAAAGUGUGGACACCUGAAGACCACAAGAAAAUGAGCAAUAUUUAAGCGCAAACUGAAGAAUAUAAUGUCAAACCCCAGUGAACAUAAAAGGCUACCAGGAUCCUGGAGCUGAUAGUAAACCCAAAGUUUUCGAAGAAGGGAGCCCGAGUAUCCCGAAUUUAAUGGCCAUUCUGCAGAACGGCCACCUUAGCCACAACCAAAUCCCAGUCCACAUCCAGACGAUUUGGUGCCACCAGAGGCCAUUUGAUGCCAUGCACCAGGAUGUCCGGCAAAAAGGCAUCGGAUCCGGAAACGAGGCCCAACUGGAAGCGAAGGAGAAGAAAGGGGGGCCGAAUCCCGGAGCUGAGCAGGAGAGCUCCUCCAGCAGAAGACCAAGCAGGAGGCGGUGCAGCAGCAGUUCCACCAGCAACACCAGCGAGUCCUCGGACUCCUCAGAGUCCUCGGAAUCCGGUUCCUCCUCCAGGAGUAGUAGCAACAGCCAUAGAAGCCAAACACCCGCCCUCAACUUGCCAGUGCCUGUGCCCCUGGCCACGGAGAAUCCCUCACCCCAGCCGCCUCCACCAUCUCGAAGGAACUCCAACGAUUCCGAUCGCUCCGUCUCGCCGGUGGAAGUGCCCAUGGAUCCGCAUGCCUGGACCUCCGAGGACAUUGCCAGCUGGGUGAAGUGGGCGACGCGUAUUUUCCAACUGGAUCCGGAGCCGGAUGUCGACCGGUUCCCCAAGGACGCCCAGGAGCUGUGCGAGCUCACCCGCGCCGACUUCUGGGUCUGUGCGGGCUCCAGGCGCGGCGGCAUGCUCAUGGCCCAGCACUUCGCGCUGAGAUUAUACCACGCCACCGGGCGGGAGACGAGUCCCAUGCUCAACGACAACGAACCAAAUCCGUAUCAGCUGCUGAACGCUGCCUCGCACCGAUUGGUCGCCCAAGGCUCAGGGGGCCAGAUCCAGCUGUGGCAGUUUCUGCUGGAGCUGCUCGCCGAUUCGUCCAACGCCGCCGCCAUCAGCUGGGAGGGCCAAUCGGGCGAGUUCCGGCUCAUCGACCCCGACGAGGUGGCCAGGCGGUGGGGCGAGAGGAAAGCCAAGCCCAACAUGAACUACGACAAGCUGAGCCGGGCUCUUAGGUACUACUACGACAAGAACAUCAUGACCAAGGUACACGGCAAGCGGUAUGCCUACAAGUUCGACUUCCAUGGGCUGAUGGCCGCCUGCCAGGCCCAGGCGCAGGGAGGGGAUCCGGCGGCCAGUAUGCUGGGCUCCUACAACCACCACGCAGGCGGGGCGAUGCAGUUGGCCCGCCACCCACCGCCGCUGCACCACCACCACCACCAGCACUCGCACCCGCACCACCAGCUGGCCCAGCCGCACUUCCUGCACCCGCACCACUCGUCGCCUGCCUCCACCAGCUCCAGCGUGGGAUUCCCCUCGUCCUCGACGGCCUCCUCGCAGGCUUCGCCCGGCCAGGGAACAGGUGCCUCCACUUCCGCCUCCACUUCGAAUUUCUCCGCUCCAUUCCAAGGCGGGACAGCAGCCGGCGAGCCGGCAAGGACAUCUUCAUCCUCAGCGGGAAACUACGACCAGGGCACGGGCGCUCCCACCACAAAUGCAUUUAACUGAGGCCGCAGCAACCCCAAUUUGUCGACGGGGCUGGGAGUUCCGAUGGGCCAGGAGGAUGGAGUGUGCGCAGGGACCACCCACUGCGCAAAGAGAGAGCGGAGAGCCAGCAUCCCAGGAAUCGCAAUCAUCCAGCACCCUUCGAGGGCCAGACCGCCGGCCGUAAAAAGGUCAUUUCGCAUAAUUCCAGCUGCUUGGGUUAAUUGAGGAGUUGUGAUAGCCCGGAGCAUCAUCGCAGAGCAAUACUCGGAAACGAGAGCCAAUUUGUUACUUAGCCUGUUAUCCUUCGCUUCUAGUUGUAAGCAGACAUUCGGCAGAGGUCCUUUAUUCCAAACGGGUCUCCUCAUUAAAUAAUUCUAAGUUCACACUCAGUAAAUACAUGAAAUCGUAAAUGCAAAA